AUUUCGCCUAUUUCUUCAGCUUUCCACUCUCUGUAUCUCUCAAUCGAAUCGCAGUCGCGGAGCAGCGAUGGUCUCCAAAUCGAGCGACUCCGCUUUGAGAUUCAGAAAGUCAAGUGGAGAACAGGCAAGUGGCGAACCCUUGGUUACUUUAUUGUCUAAAAUAAAUCACCUGAAAAAGCAGAUUCAAGCAGAGAGAGUCGUUUCAAUAAGAGACAAACUUGAGAAGAAUGGAAAGCAGCUACAAAAUCAUAUUUCUCGGCUUGUGCCAGCAACAUCAAGAAAGGAUGUGUUGCUCAUAGAGGGGAAUGGGCCGGGAAGUAUGCUUUCUUUGAGAGCUGAAAAUCCUCUCUUCAAGUUUAGUGGUUUUCCUCAGGGAUCAGGAGACAAAGACUAUGCUAACAGCCAAGAAGUUGUAUCCUCGACAAGUACCAAGCUUCCAUAUGUUGAGAAGAUACCACCUUAUACUAGUUGGAUAUUUUUGGACAGAAAUCAAAGAAUGGCUGAAGACCAGUCAGUGGUUGGGCGAAGACGGAUUUACUAUGAUCAGCAUGGUAGCGAAGCAUUGAUCUGUAGUGACAGUGAAGAAGAUAUUCCAGAACCUGAGGAAGAGAAGCAUGAAUUUUCUGAGAGCGAAGAUCGUAUUUUAUGGAUGGCCUUUAAAGAGCAUGGGCUUAGUGAGGAAGUACUUGACCUUGUGAGCCAGUACAUUGGAGGCAGCAAUUCUGAAAUUCAGGAUCGGUGCAACAUACUCAGGGAGAAGUAUCAGGACAAACAUGACAAAAGCUUAAAAGGUUCUGGGGAAAGUUGGUCUGAAAGGAGCAUAUUACUGGACAAGAGCCUUGGUGCAGCUUUAGAUUCUUUUGAUAAUCUUUUUUGUCGCCGUUGCUUGGUAUUUGACUGCCGGCUGCAUGGCUGUUCACAAAGUCCAAUAAACCCUACUGAAAAACAGUUGAACAGUUCUGAGUUUGAAGAGGAUGGGAAACCUUGCAGUGACCAGUGUUACCUUCGGUUAAGAGUUGUCAAAGACUUGCCAGAGGGUUCCGUUAUUAGUUCCUUACAAAGGAUAGAAACAACAGUGUCAGAAGAGAAGGACAGUAUUCCAGCGUCCUCCAAUGUUGAAGAGCCUAGUGGCAAUGACAAUACAGACAUUUUACCUGAUGAAAGAUGCAUUGCUGCAAAAACACUAGCUGUUACUUCAGAAACUGUUUUUAGUUCAGAAGUCGCUGCUGGAGGUUUAAACUCUGAUGCAUCUGUCAUGGAAAUGGGUCACUAUGAAAGUCUGGGGAAGCGCAAGGUCUCAAAAUGCACAAAUACAGUGCUAGGGGACUCAACCUUGGUUUCUGAUGAUAUCCAAGGCUCUUCUAGUAAGAAACAGAAGAAACUAUCUGCCUUGGAUGUAGUUAUUGUGACUAGUGAAGGUCAACCAGUUUUGGAUAACAUUUCCAAUGACAAAAAUAAGUACCUGGAGAUUGGCAUACCCAAUAAAAAAGAACUUCAAACGACCACCAACUGUGCCUUAAAUGAAUCUGCUGAACAUAUGCCAAAUAAAGUUAUUUGUCCUAGUCAUGUUUCCUCUGAUGAGACUGAGGACAAUACUGGAGAUGAAGUAGAUGCUGUCAAGGAAACACCUGGAUUGAAGCAGUCAUCCAAGUCCUCAGGAGUUGAAGGGAUCUUAAGCAGCUGUGAAUGGAAACCUUUUGAAAAAGAACUAUACUUGAAGGGAAUAGAGAUAUAUGGGAGGAACAGUUGCCUCAUAGCCAGGAACCUACUUUCUGGCCUGAAGACUUGCAUUGAAGUAUCCAGUUAUAUGUAUGAUGAUGGAUCUGCAAUGCUUCAUAGAUCUGCUGUUGUACCUAGUUCAUUUUUGGAGGACAAUGGGAGAGGCGAUGCAGAUUAUACGGAGCAAGAGAUGCCAACAAGAUCACGACUAUUCCGUAGAAGGGGCAGAACACGGAAGCUAAAGUAUUCUUGGAAGUCAGCUGGCCAUCCAUCAAUUUGGAAAAGAAUUGCAGACGGGAAAAACCAGUCUUGUAAGCAGUACACACCAUGCGGAUGCCUGUCUAUGUGUGGGAAGGAAUGCCCCUGUCAAAGUAAUGGAACUUGCUGUGAAAAAUAUUGUGGGUGCUCAAAAAGCUGCAAAAAUCGGUUCAGGGGAUGCCACUGUGCAAAGAGUCAAUGCAGAAGUAGGCAAUGCCCUUGCUUUGCUGCUGGUCGUGAAUGUGACCCUGAUGUUUGUCGGAAUUGCUGGGUUAGUUGUGGAGAUGGUUCACUAGGUGAGCCUCCCAAACGAGGAGAUGGUCAAUGUGGGAACAUGAGGCUCCUUUUAAGGCAACAGCAGAGGAUCCUAUUGGCAAAGUCUGAUGUUGCUGGAUGGGGAGCCUUUCUAAAGAACUCUGUCAACAAAAAUGAUUAUCUUGGAGAAUAUACUGGUGAAUUGAUCUCCCACCGAGAAGCAGAUAAGCGUGGGAAGAUUUAUGAUCGUGCAAACUCAUCCUUUCUUUUUGACUUGAACGAUCAGUAUGUACUUGAUGCUUACCGCAAGGGAGAUAAGCUGAAGUUUGCAAACCACUCAUCAAACCCCAACUGCUAUGCAAAGGUAAUGCUGGUGGCCGGAGAUCAUCGAGUUGGCAUCUUUGCUAAGGAGCAUAUAGAAGCUGGUGAGGAGCUCUUCUAUGAUUAUCGUUAUGGACCUGAUCAAGCUCCUGCAUGGGCUCGAAAACCUGAGGCUUCCAAAAGAGAUGAUUCAGCAGUAUCUCAAGGUCGAGCAAAGAAACACCAGUCCCAUUGACAUACCAGAGACGGGUUUUGGAUGUACAUACUACUUGUGGCCAUUUUUCAGUAUCAUCUCCAUAUAUUUUGUCCAAGUCUUCCUAAUCCCAUCAGGAAAACUGCAGCUAUCUUCACGCGCAAAUGCAUUUUAUUAAGUCAUUCCAGCAUUAUAUAUGCAUAUAAAAUAUAAGACGCUUCAGGCAAAUAAGCUAGAAAUAUUGAUGGCAACUCCCUACAAUACACACCAGGAAUAAGACCUCACCAGCUAUGUUGAACAAUGUGAUGGUGAUACAGGAGGUUUGAAAUUUUGCAUUUUUGAACGGAAGUUCGUAGAGAAAUGCAUCACCGUCUGUUGUUAUUCAUUAUUUUAUUAAUCUCACUUAAAGAGAUUACUCUUAUUGUAUUGAUAUUGACAGAAUACUUGAUAUUCCAGAGUUUGAAAGCAAUUGCA